AUGGCCGGUCCCGGUGGUGGCCCUCCUCGCAAGAGCCAUACCAAGUCUCGUUUCGGCUGCAAGACAUGUAAGAGACGACAUAUUCGUUGCGAUGAGAGCUUUCCGCAAUGCCGGAAUUGUACCAAACAUAACUGUCGCUGCGACUACAUGGAUGUCGCUACCGUACACGACGAAUCAUCCACCGCUCGCAAAAUCCCCGAUCUUCUCAUGUCCGCCGAAAUCGAGACGGAAAUCAAGAAUUGGCACAUCACGGGUGUGCCUCCGUUUCCAGAGCUAGUACAGUACCCACGCAGUUGUUGGAGCAAACUCUCGCGAACCGAUCUUCGUUUAAUUCACCAUAUUAUCGGCUUGUCCAUCGACCUACAUCGUCGCGGCUUUAGUAACUCCACGAUCUGGGCGCAGAAGAUGCCAACAUUCCUCAACAUCGCCAUCACAAAUGACUUUGUCAUGAGUUCCAUCCUUACUUUGUCGGCGUCACAUUUGGCCUGGAUCACGCGAAAUAAAGAAACGAAGCAGCUCGCUUAUCACCACAGGGGGGUUGCGAUUCAGGGCUUGCACAAGGCUAUCGGUACUUUCUCGAAAGGCAACUGUGACGCUAUCCUUGCGGCCUCCAUCCUCCUUUCCUGGCAAGCAUCGGAAUGGCAUAGCUGGGCAUCCCUGCAACAGGGACUCACAACCGUUCUGAAUUCGAUGCAUCCCAUUUGGAAACACGAAUCCGAACUAGCCAUGUACCUCGAGAACCAAAGGUACUUGGGAUGUACCAAUACCCCAAUGAUGACGGGCUACCAGUUCCAGGACGAGGACCUUGUUAGCCUCGACCAAACAACCAUUGCCCUCCAAAACGUCCAGAAGCGCGUUGCUCACAACCCCGAGCACUACCGUCGGAUCGGAGAGCUCCUGGAAUUUGUGCGCCAUUUCAGGCGAGAUCUCCUGUCUCUGACUCCGGAACAGGCCUUUGAGCGUAUGCAGCCCCUGCGAAGAUGGCUCUUUUGGCUUCCCCCAGCCAUGCUCCGAGGCGGAGACGCAGAUCUAGGAGCACUUGCCAUCCUUGCUCAAUUCUUCGGUAUUGGUGUGGUUUUGGAUAGUUUAUUCCCUGACCUAGGAGGCGCAUACCUCGGCCCGCUAUCCGUCGGCCCCAUCGAAGACAUUUAUCGGAUCAUUAUAACCAGAAGCAUGUCGGAACCAUACAACCCAGAUCUCCAGCUAGCCUCGACCAUUAUGGAAUUGCCUCGACAUAUCGUUGCGCAAUAUAAAAGCCGCCUUCAGUGGUCGCCGCGGACCUCACUCGACUACUCCCCGUCUCCCGCGAGUCCUUACCAACCUAUACAAGAUUACACCCUAGCGUCAUCCUCCUCUCCUUCCUCUACCGCUACAUGCGCACCUUACACCCCGCCUCUCCAGUCUCCCCCAGCGGUGACGAUCGCUAGUUCUCCAUUCGAUGUAAAUGGAACCUAUGUCACAGCACCAAGCGUCCAGAGUCUUUACCCCCCGUCUCCAAGUUUGCUCUCCGACCCCCGAGAAGAACUGUGUGAAUACAGCCAUACCAGCUCGCUCCAUCAGUCGCCCACGUAUCCACCACCAUAUGUGGAUGAUAUGGUGUGCGGAGAGCUAUCGCGAGUAGACGGAACGGUCGGGCUGAACGUGGAUCUCUACGGCGAACCUCAACAGAUUGUGGGAGGAUAUAGCACUGCGGAGCCGUGCUGGACCGGAAGUAUCUGCACUUGA